GGACAUUCUAUAGGGGCUGGGGUGAUGGAUCUCAGGAUCUGUGAGCCCAGAACGGGGUCUGUGCAUUGGGGGGAUCUAUGGGGAACGGGGGUGGAAGUUCAUGCUGGGGCCCCCAGAGGGGAAGGGCCAGGGGCUUCUGCUCCCCUCCCCGCUCCCCCUGCCCUGACUGUGUCUCUGCAGCCCCUGGCAGGGCCCGGCAUGGUGCAGAUCGUCAUCUCCAGCGGCGGCACGGGGCCGCUGGCGCAGUGGGUGCUGCUGGAGCUGCAGGGCGAGGUGGAGCCGCGGCAGAGCGGGGACCUGGCUGGGAGCCUGCUGGGAGACCUGCACUACACCUGUGAGGGUGUCCCCGUGCUCAUCGUGGGUCACCACAUCCUCUACGGGAAGGUGGUGCAGCUGGAGAAGCCGUUUGCUGUGCUGGUGAAGCAGGGAGGAGCCUCCCAGCCCAGCCCCGUGGGGCCCCACGGCCACUACACCGUCACUGCCCUCAUCAAAACCAAACUGCUCUUCAAAACCCGCCCCAAGCCCAUCAUCACCCAAGUGCCCAAGAAGGUCUGAGGGGAAGGAUGUGGGCUACAGACUGUGAUCUGCUGCUGGAAAAAGCAGCAGGGACUUGGGGAGAUCCAGGACCUCAUCCCUGCCCUGCACAGGGGACUCUGGCACUGCUGGGCCCUGUGUCUGGGCACCCAGGGCCCUCCCUGGGUCACUUGUCACCCAAAAAAUGACUCUUUUCAGAGAGCAACCGAGCUCUUGGCCACAGACCCUGUGGAUCACCCCAGGGGACACGGCUCCUGGUAGACAGGGACUUCCCGUGAGCCUGGGCAGGGGUGUCCCACCCAGGGGCUGCCCAGGUGUGCAGCAGGUCCCAGGGGUCCAUGGAGGUGCCAGUGUGGAGAUGACUCCUGCUCCCUCCCUGCAGCUGCAGGGACACCAGUGCCACGCAGGGACUCGGGACCAACCUCCCUCAGGUUGGGCAGGGGGUUCAGGGACCCUCCCCAAAACACACCGUGUGUCCUCACUUCAAGUCUUUAUUUCCACAACUCCGUCAGGAUAUAAAAACCAGCCUUUUCCUCCCGAAAUAUGGAAAAAACAAUUCCCCUGGCAGGUUCAAAAAUAAAUAGAUUUACAAACCGUCUGCGACAAUACCAAAGAGCUACAAAAGUCUUCUAAAAAACCUUGUAUUAAAUUAAACAAAAACCAGCUAAAA